AACAUGGUCGUCAGCGGCGCGCUCUCUGGCUGCGCGAUCGAGAGCCGUCCGAACGCGGUCGUCGGCGGCGGCACACUCACUAACAGCGACGGCAGCCUCGGCCUCGGCCUCGGCCUGCUCUGCACGCGCCAGGGUGGCGAGGCGGGCGCUGGCGGCCAGGAGAUUCUCCCGAGUACCGCGCCUAGUGUUGGAAGCAAAGGUGCAGUGGAGGGGUGCAGAGAGCCAGCCAUGGCAGAGGGGAAGAGGUGGUGGCGCCUAGGGCUGCACGCCAGGGAAGAAGAGAGCUCGGCGGCGCCUAUGGCAGCGCGCCGGAGCAGCGGAAGAUGGCCGGGAAGGAGGCCCGGUCUGUGGCCGGCCGGCCGGCUUCCUAAUUCGGUGAUAUUACUUUCCUAAUCUGGCCGGCCUGCAUGGGCAGGGAGAUCCAUGCGGGCAUGCGGCUGUGCCCAAUCUGCCUUACCAAACUUACCAACAGUUUAAAACAGAAGCAAACCUUUUCAUCUUAUUGGCUAACCUUUUCAUCUUAUUGGCACUAUGGUCUUCACUCUUCAGUCAGUUGAAAUCAAAGAGCUGAAGCAAAAGGUGUCUGAACUCAUUGAAAUCAAAGCUCAACUUGAGGAUCGCAAUCAAAAGCUAUUGGAGGAAAGUACAUAUGCAAAAGGCUUGGUUUCAGCUGCUGGUGUCGAACUGAAAGCAUUGUCAGAAGAAGUGACCAAACUGAUGAACCAGAACGAGAAACUUGCGACGGAGCUGUCAUCGCUGAGAAGUCUGACUCCAGCUCCACGCAGAGUUAGCAAUGCACCAAGAGGUACUAGGAGGGAGAGCAUGAGCAGGCGACACGAGCCAGCUAGCAGAAGAGAUACGAACACAAGCCAUGAAAGGGAAAAGGCUCUAGGGACAUUGCUUAUGGAGAAGGAGCAAAAAGAAGCAGAGCUCCAAAGGAAAGUCGAGGAGUCAAAGCACAAGGAAGCCUUCCUGGAAAGUGAGCUUGCCAACAUGUGGGUUCUAGUAGCAAAACUAAAGAAGUCCCAGGGUUUUAUGAAUUAUGACCAUGAGGAUGCGGAGGCCAAACAUGAUGGCUCGUGACCUGGUCAGUUAAGAUAUCUAAUCAUGAAAAAAAUCUGCUUGGGUUUGGGUGUGGGUUUUCUGUAUGUAAGCUUUUGGUACUGGGUUUUCUAUUUCUUAGCACGAAUUAGUGUCUCAUUUUGUAUAUUCUCCGCGUGAUAAAUAUGCCAGCAGUGCCUUGCCUGACUGUGCCUAGAGCUUUCUAUUGAUGCUAGAGCGGCAUUUUGGGUUCUUCAGGCACAUAAUCUGGGUUUGA